AUGUACAAUCAAAACAACCCAAACAACCCACCCAAACAUAACUCUUAUAGCUAUUAUCCACCACAACAACAUUCGGUUUCUCCACCUCCAUUACAACAUCCAAUUCCCACUCACCCACCAAUUCAAAUGGUCGAUCCUCCGGUCUCCUCACCUUCACCAACUACACAACAGAGAAUCACACACCAACACCAGAAUAUUCCACCUCCACCUCCGCACCAACAAGGACCAAACGAAUACAACGACGCGUGGAGAUUUAAUGAUGCUACAACACAAAUGGGAAUGCAAUUUGGGAGAACUGCAAUGAUGACAGGAAGUGAAUACGUCGAAAAAAAUAUCAAUCGAUAUGUUAAUUUUCCUGCUUUAAAACAUUAUUUUAAAGUAAAUAACUUGUACGUAGCAAACAAAAUCAGAUUGUUGUUAUUUCCAUGGAGACAUCGACCAUGGUCAAGGCUCGUUAAACGUUCUGAACAGAACGGACAAAUGGAAGGAUUUAAACCGCCCAGAGACGAUAUAAAUUCACCAGAUUUAUAUAUACCAGCGAUGGCACUGGUAACAUAUGUACUACUUACAGGGUUUGUUGCUGGAACUGAACACAAAUUUCAUCCGAAAGUUCUAGGAGGAAAUGCUACUACGGCAUCUCUCGUUAUGUUGAUAGAAUUGAUUCUUAUAAAGAUGGGUUGUUACCUAUUGAACAUCACAACUGAAACUCAGAUAUUGGAUUUAUUAGCGUAUUCGGGAUAUAAAUUUAUUGGUGUUAUCGUUACUCUUCUUGUUGGUUUAAUAGCACCUUUUUGGUUGGUGUCUGUAAUUUUCAUAUAUACCGUUGCGGCAAAUGGAUUUUUCUUGCUACGAUCACUUAGAUAUGUCGUUUUUCCUGAUUCCACAAAUACCGUUAAUAGUCCACAACGAAAAAAACGAAUUCAUUUUCUUUUCAUUGUAGCAACCCUUCAACUUGUUCUUAUGUAUUUACUUGUUUAG